UUGUUUAUGAAGCAAAGUCAGAUAAUCAGUUUUCUAGAAAAAAAUAAAGCUACAUAGCUGUGAAAACAUCAUCGCCGAGUUGACUUGUUGUUAAUAAAUCUGUACAAUGACAUUAAAUCUAGGAAGAAAGGAUGGCGGCCCAGGCUACGUCGGAAUACAAUUCUGUCAAGAGUGCAACAACAUGUUGUAUCCGCGCGAAGACAAAAACAACAAAGUUCUGCUGUAUGCCUGCAGGAAUUGUGAUUACAAGCAACUGGCUGACUCAAACUGCGUGUAUGUGAACAAAAUUAUGCACGAAGUCGACGAAUUAACUCAUAUUAACCCGGAUGUUGUUAGUGAUCCUACUCUACCUAGGACGAAGGAUCACAUGUGCCCUAAUUGCAACCACAGGGAGGCGGUGUUCUUCCAGGGCCAGACCAGACGCGCUGAAGAGGAAAUGAGACUGUACUACGUGUGCACCAGUUGUAAGCACAGGUGGACUGAGUGAACAUUCUAUAUUGUAAGACUAAUUUUAUUUUUACUGUAAUAAAUCUAUACAAACACAA